AUGCACUAUGUUCAGGGGCACGAUGCGAAAGCUGCCGACAUCCCUGCACUGCGGCAGCGAAACGCUUACUUCCGCGGCAUGCCCUCCGCCAUGAUCGGGGUUGUAAUUGCCGUCCGCUACAUCAUGGCAUACAAGGUCGAGGAGCUGUGCCUUAUGAUGGCAAUACGUUUCGAUGCAAACUACGGAGCUCAGGCGGAAUCAGAGUUUGAACGUGUGCUGAUGCCCCCGCUUUCAACAAUCGAUCACAGAGGUGUACAAGACUUGUUAGUUCCUCUCUUUCGUGAAGCCGGACAUCUGGAGGAACCGCGACCGCGAGUCGUCUCCGAGGUGCACAGUUUGUCGGAGUACUUCGACCGCACCCCGCAGUGGGGAGCUCUGUCGGAAGACAUCGUGACGUUCGAUGGAUUUGCGGCCUUCAUAGUAGAAGCGCGGGAAACUGCUUGCACCAAAGCUUGGAACAUACUGAGCCAGAACCCAAUGAUCGAUGUCGCUUUGAAGUGGUACAAGAUCUCUACCCCCUCAUCUCUGGAUAUCGCCGUGUCGAAGGGAGCGCGCAAAGAGGAGAUCCGUCUAUUCAAAGAUGGUGAUGGCUUCAGGAGGUUCAAAGGAGACGCAGGUCGAUCAGGUACUCGGUUCAUGCUUGGGUUCGCUGUGGGCCCCCUCCGGCAGAAUCUUCUGUAUGCUUUAUUUCAGUUCCUGACUGCGGCCAAAGCAAUAGCUGAACAAGCGCCGCAUUUCCGCUCUCUCCGGCCUCUGCAGAAAGCCAUGUUGUAUUUGCAUGUCGUUUUGGACGGUGUGCUAUCAAUCGGAGCGGUGCUGAUCUCAUUUAUCAUCGUAUCAGGCGUGUCAUCUUGGCAUAAUUUCGUGGAGAAGCUUGAACACAGCGUUGUGGACAUUGUAUCAUCUCAGAAUCUUGUCUCCCUCACCAAAUGGGAUCAGGAUACAUUCCAUGAACGCAUUACCAUGCCAAUGAUCCGUGAAGCACUUCCUGAGUUAAAACCGCUCUUGAAGGAUUUGCAUACGCCAUCUGCUGACUCUGAGGCGUUUCGCCUCACCGUGUUUAUCGUCUGCCUGGCCAUAAGCCAUGGAUUUUCGGUGUUGAUUCUUGGCACCGCAGUACAUGACCUCCAAGCGAUUCUCAUCACCCCAGUGGCAAGUUUGGGGAAAGGUGGCCGCACGCGCGCGAAAUCUGUGCUGGCAAUGGCCGGUAAGGUUGGCCUCUUGGUAGUAGUGUACGUGCGAGUAUGUUUAAUUUUGAAUACUUGGUCGGGUUUCAAAACUGCCGUUGCGUUUGCGUUCAAUAGUCGUUUGCCGUUUCUAGGAUACUCGUGCAUGCUGAUCGUAAUGUUGUUUCUGCUACUCGCCAGCGGUUGGAUUGCCGCGGCUGCCCUGGAAGCCGCGGGACAGCAGGUCGCUGAUGCCCACGAGACCGAAAGCUGGGGCUAUCAGUUGGCGCAGUGGCCGCCAUCGCAGUGCGCGUGCGCCGAUCUCCGCAAGAAGCGGCGCCGCCGCGGGCAGGAGGGCACUCGCGAGUCGGCGCUUCAGCAGUUGAUGACGCAGCCGCUGGUGACAAGCUACGGCGCCUGUGCAUCAUCGGCGGCGCGUAGGCGCGGAGACCGGGGCAGGCCGCCGCGGGCCGGCGCCACGUUGGUGCCCUGCGACCGCGCAUGCGCACCUCUUGCCCCCUGCUGGUCUGGUCGGCGCUUGCGCCACGAGAAAGAUUCCCCAAUCAGUGCUUGCACUGAAGGGGUCCUAGCG